UUUUUUAAUCAAAUUUUUUUUUUUGUUCUUUUUAUAAAGUAGAUUCAUAGCAAAGAAAGCUUUGUCGUAAAGAUAGCGUUGUCGUAAAUACACAGGUUUCGUAAAAACAGUGCUUUCAUAAAGAUAGCGGUUUCGUAGAGAUAGCGGUUACCUGAGGAUAACUUUUUUGUUGUUUAUAUAAUUAUAUUUAUACAAUUAGAAUUACAGUGGAAACUGUCUAAAACGGCCACUCUAAGACGAAUAUUUUAUUUUUUUUAAAAACUCUCGCAGUGCAACAUCUUUAAGGCGAACGCCUUCACAAAGUGGACCCUUUUUUAUCCCACGUAAACAUUUCGGUUAAAAAUAGCCUCCAUAAUCCACAUUGGUUAGACAUUCACUUAGAUUACUUGUUUCUUAUCCUGUCGAUGUAUUUGUUGCUUUAAUCGGAAAUUGCAAAAGGUUUCCCUUGUUUAACUUUUUAGCUAGCAUUUUAGAAUGAAAAAACUCUCCUUAAAUCGAAGAUAUUUAACGUAAGUAAAUUCAAAAAAGUUUCAGCCCAACAAACUUUCGGUGAAAAAGUAGGAUGAAAAUUUACUCGCCGAAAAUUAGAAUCGACUUAAAUUUGUCAGGCGGAUUUCUAAAAAUUAUUUUUAUGGUAUUAAGAAAAAACUGAACAGUAUUUCAAAACAAAAGUCAGUACAACGUACAAAGUUGUUCUAGUUCUGCUUUUUUGUAGUUAUUUUAGUCAAUAAACAACUUUGUAUUUGUCAUCAAUGUUUUUGAUUUGCUUUUGCCUAUUUUAUUUAUAUUUUUUUCGUUUCUUGUUGUUUUUUUUGUAUGUGUGUUUUUGGUCGUUUCUGUUUCUUCCUUAUCUUUAUUUUUUGACUGAUAUUUUGAAUUUCUGUCCAAUCUUUUAUCUUGUCGAAGUUUUUUUUGCCGUAACUUUAUCAAAAUAUUUUUGGAUUUAUGUAGGAUAAACAAGAAACAUUUUACAAGUCAAAGUCUGGAAGUUCUGGAAUCUGACGCUGUCCAGUCUCUCUCCUUUCUUUCUGUCAAAGUUUGUUGUGACACUUGUUGUACCUCCACCACGCAGACAUGUCUUCUAGUGUGUUAUCUCGCUAGGAUGUAAAGAGAUCAAAACGUUAAAGGAGGUUGCUGAAAGAUGUUACUGAAAAUGGAUGAAUCCGAAGUUAGCAUCUGCGAAGUUUGCUGGCUAAAAAUCACUGAUAGGUUCUACCUUCAAGUCGGCACAAAGAAGCUUCACAAUAAAUGUUUGAAAUGUCGAGCAUGUAUGACGUCAUUAUGUUCAGAUACGUCAUGUUACGAAAAGAAUGAACAAAUAUUCUGCAGAACGUGCUAUUUCAAAUUGUUUUCCAUACCAAAUUGUUUGGGAUGCAAGCAGGAAAUCUCCUCGUCUGAUUUUGUGAUGCAAGCAAAAAAAACUUAUUAUCAUGUUAACUGUUUUCGCUGUUCCCUUUGCUCAGUACUGCUGAAAAAAGGCGACAAGUACGGCAUUCGAAAUCUUCAGCUACUGUGCGAACCACAUUAUCUCUGUGAUGCGAGGAUUCAAAAACCGCUUUCUACACCAGCAAAUGAAAACGAGGGAACCAACAGAAAAAUAAUACAAGAAAAUCCAGCACGAAAUAUAAAAAGAUCAAACACGGACCAACAUUUUCUUGGAGACGUAAAUAACAAACACAUAAAGCUUAGCGUCGAUAUUGAGCCAUUACAGCUACCAUCUUUACUGGCUGAUAUCGAUGAAAAAGAAGAGCAAGAUAUAACGGUGACGACAUCGUGUGACGAAGUUAAUCGAGACAAAACCAUAUCGGCUUUUAGUUCUUCUACAAGCACUUUGCUUGACAAACAAAUUGGUUCGCCUGUGUUAAAUUACUCUGACCACGAUCAAUCGCACUCUAUCUCGCCUUCAACAAGCAGUGGAGACGAAGAAAAAUUGCUUACGGAAAACCCAAAAACGAAACGUAAAAGUCGGUCCAAAGACGGAAAACCGAAACGUAUACGAACUACUUUCAAAAAUUUUCAGCUUUUGGCAAUGAAAGAUCUGUUCGAUAUUGAAAAGAACCCAGACUCAGCCGCUUUGCAAAAACUGUCCGAAAAAGUUGGUUUAACAAAACGGGUUCUUCAAGUUUGGUUUCAGAAUGCUCGAGCUAAACAUCGAAAGGGUUUGAGUAUAUUUAGUGAUGCUGUUGUAAGAACGUCGUUGGACGAACAAGCCGAUAAAAAACAAGCCGAUGAAAAACCGGACUUCGACCCUGAGUCAUCUACAAUUUUAGGGGAUGAAUCAAAAAAGGGAGAAACAAUGACCCCUGUUUCAUAAAAUAAAUUGAUUGAUGGAUUUAGGAUUUUUUCGUGAAUUUUCAUGCCAAGUGUAUUUAAUGCAUCAUAGUCUACCAUAGAGUUGUAAAAAAUUAUAAGUAUAUGUAUGUAGUGAAUUCUUGCAGUCGCCAUUUUUUUCUACACCUGAGCAAUAAAAGCUUCAUAAGAAAAAAAUUUAAAUCUUUUUAAUAAUAGCCGUAUUUCGUGUGCGAUAUAUAAAGGUUUUCCACGGGUUAACGACUUCUAUAUUAUAAUAUCCGUAUGGUGCUUUUAAUAAUUAUUUUAUGCUAAUUAGAAUCUGUCUUUUUGUGAUAUUUUUUACAGUAUAUCGUUUAUUACUUUCAAUUUUAUAUCUUAAACAGAAAUUUUAUUAUGUAAAUAUUUGCAUAUCACGUAUUUUGUAUUUUCUACUCAAAAAU